AUGCUUCUUCUCAGCGGCGGUAUUGGCAGCACACAUGACGACAUCACUUACGACGCAAUCGCGAAAACGUUUGGAGUGCAAUUAGAAUAUCACCAACCUACACUGGAUUUGAUGACGAAAUAUGUGAAGUCUAAGGGGGCUCAGGACAGUAAAUUCUCCGAGGAGCACAAACGCAUGGCAUACUUUCCGGAGGGAAGCAAGGUCCAUCAAACGGGCGAUCUAUGGGUCCCCCUGGUGGUGACCAAAAAUGUGCACAUACUCCCAGGUGUGCCCAUUUUAUUCUCUCGUCUGUUAGAGCUACACGGGGCUCUGUUCCAACAAGAUGUCAGGCUGACUACGGAGAAUCUAUGGAGCACGGAGCGGGAAAGUGACCUAGCAGCUGCACUGGGCCUAGUACAGGGCAAUAAUCCAGGAGUGACUGUGGGGUCGUAUCCGAGGUUCACCGAGAAGGGGAUACAGGGAGUGCUAUUGAGUUUUGAAGGUGAAGAUCCAGAAGCAGUGAAACAGGCUGUGACGGAAGCAAGGGCUUCUAUAAAGUGCGAGGAUACAAUUCCGGCCAAGCACAUAACUAAUUGAUGAGAGGUUGUACAACUGUAAAAUCUAACCAUUUGUAAUAUGUUCCUGUAUAGUACCCUUUGACACUAGAGGUUUUAACGUACAACUCAGUUUAUUCGUUUCUAAUCAUUUGUAAUAU